GUGAGCUUGAGGGUGACCGGUGUCUUCGGGGAGAGGAAAGAAGACGAACGAGUAGUCUCCCAUUCGGCAACGAGAUCAGGUCGCUGACUUCUUGGUGACAUCAACUGGUCCACACACUUCAGCCCUCUUGGUCAAGGCUCCUCGACAGUCAGAAGGACAGUCAACCAACGGCCCACAGCCGUCGAUAUGGCUGAGUUCAGCGAUGUAGGAGCCCACUGCAGUGACCCUGUGAGCACAAACAACACUGGAAAGCCAUCCAUUGCUCACUCGUGGUGUUGCUGCUUGCUGUUGUGGUUGGCCAUGUGGUGUGUGUGUGCAGUACUGCCGGCAGAAGGACUUCUUGCCCUUCGUCUGCAACCUAUGCAAUAAGACGGUAAAUGAUUGUGGCACUCAAGGGAGGCAGGGAGGGAGGGGAGGGAACCAACCUACCACUUCUGUGGCCGGAUGGGUGCUUGCUGUGGUGUUGUCCUUGACAGUACUGCCUUGAGCACUUCAAGCCGGAGUCGCACCAAUGUCCCAGGGCGGCGGCGGUUGACAGGCGCGUGAUGAUCUGUCCUCUCUGCCUCGACUCCUUCCCCAUGGUGGCGGGCGAGUCGUGUGACGUCACCUUUGAGCGCCACACGCGCACCUCCUGCCGACCAGACCUCUAUGAGACCCGCAGGGCGCAGCAGAAGGCCACCUGUCCCGUCAAGGGAUGUAAGGCGAAGCUCACGGCUGUCAACUCAUUCGUGUGCCCCCGGUGUAAGCAGAAGGUCUGCAUGAAGCACAGAUGGCAGGAGGACCACGACUGCCGGCCACCUCAGUCGAGUCUGAUCAGUUCCCUAACCAGCAGCUUCUCUUCAUCGCGGCCUCCGUUGAAGGGCAAGGCCGCCGCUCGGAUGCAGGCCAACAAGCCGCCCAACGUCAUGGACAUGCUGCGAGGUGGGCGCGUCAGAAACAAACGGCACAGCACAACACAACACACACGAAUUGGCUCACGUGCUUUCAGAGACGGCGCACAGGAGGAUGCGCACAGGUGGAUCCAGUGGUGCGCCGAGUGCACAGGGGUCCUCGUCCAACACACAGCAAGGGUCGCGCAAUCAACGGCAACGCAACGAUGAUUGCGUCAUCUCAUGAAGGAUGACGAGCGAGCAGAGAGAACGGGCCGGUGUUUGGCUUGGACGGGAGGGGAUGCGUAUGUCGUGGAUGUGUGUAGAUGUGAGUGUAUCUUGCUGACAUACGAAUCCUUUGGGGGUUGUCGUUUUCCGGUAUAUUGCUGCGAUUGCUUCUUGGCUAUGGGCUUCGGUUGCUGCAGCUCAGCGCCGAUUUUUGCUGAAUUCACUCACUCACGGGCGCAAUGGUUGCUGAUGUACAUGUAGCCCGUUGGUGGGUUUCGUACUGAAUGUUUGUGUGUGGGGGUGAGGUGACAUUGCUUGCGGCACGGCUACGCGUGUCAUGACGUGAUGGCUGACUCCAGCACAAUGAAGGCAGUGUUAUGUGUG